AUGUCUGCAGAUCCUCAAGGCGAGUGCAGUGUUUCACUCUCCAAGACGUUGACGCUGACUCUUCCUAAAGAAAAAUUUACACAAAAAUCAAGUGCUUUAGUUAAAUGCGUUUAUGUUCCACCUUCAUACAUUUUUGCCGGCGCUAAGAGUGGCACCUUAUAUCGCUGGACUAUUCCUGAGAAGCUAGAUAACCCAGUUCUUUUACCAUCUUAUGAAGUUACUGAACAUGAAGGUGUUAUUUCAGUUUUAUACUGGUCGACUACACUUCAAUUGCUGUUUUCUGCUGGUGCUGACCGUAAAGUUCUUGUCUGGAAUCUAGGACAGAAAACAAUUCCUGAACAUCCUCUCGUUCAAACAAUUAGUGUUUUUGAACAAACACCACUUCAUAUAGAAGCAUUCCAGAAGCAUAUAUUCGUUGUUGAAAUGCGUGGAAUUACAGUUCUCGUUCAACAAACUCUCAGAGGAACCAUGAAAUCAGUAUCUUUAUUCAAAAAAGUCCAUUUCAUUGAAUCUCGUACACCAUUCUUCUGCAUGUGCAUAUAUUCAAACUCAAGAGUUGAUAACAGCGGAUAUAUCUACGCAGGAUUCGAAAAUGGCUCAAUUGCACAAUACGAAGUUCAAUUAUCAGAUCAUCCAACAUUUACACAGAUAAACCGCCCUAAGCAUCUUGCAGAUCAUGGAAUCUGCGAUAUCGUCUACAAUCCACGUACAGAAAACAUUUUGGCUUUCUCAUAUAAUCAUAUCAUUCGUGUUUUCAAUCCAAAGAACUAUUGCAUACAUUCAAAGAUCAUUAAUCCAAACCAAGUCAAUUAUACAAGCUAUUUCUGCACAAAACAAGGAACUCUUGUUUUAUUAGACACUUCUGGCUCAUUAUUCAUUUACAACGCCGAAGAAAGAAUCACAUUAUUAUAUACAGAGAAGCUUGGACUUGGCGGACUUCAAAUUACUCCUGUUUCCAAAGAUACAUUUUUAUAUUUAGUUCGAGACAGCGUAACUCUCUUCAGAAUCAAUCGCGGUACAGUCGAGAAGUCAUAUAAAGUACAUAACAAGUCAGUGUUCUACGUAAAAACUACUAGAGACCAGGCAAAUGACGUAAUUUCGACAAUUGGUGUUGACAAAGUCAUCAGGACAUGGGAUCGCAAUGAUUUCUCAAUGCGUAGUGAGUUUAAGAUACCAACACACCUCGCAAUCCUUUCUGGAUACAUCGGAUUACGUGAAAGAUUAAUUGGAGACCUAAUUUACGCAAUAACUGGCCAUGAUAACGGCCAAAUCAUCUACCUCAAUCUGACUGAUAAGAAGAACGUAGAACUUCCUUCCAGACAUAAGAAUUCUAUUUCAUCAAUGUCAGUUGUCUCAAAUGAGAUGAAAACCGUUAUGUUUUCAUGCGAUUACGAUGGAUAUAUUUCCCUUUGGCAAAUCGAUGCUAUUUUUGAGAGUUUGUCUUAUGCAGCAGUUUCUAUGGUCAAAAUGUGGAAAGGACACAACAAAGAAAUUUUGACAAGCUCUGCAACAUGGAUGUGCGGACAAUUGACGCUUGCUACGGGAGGAAACGACAAUAUUAUUAAAAUUUGGAGAGAAAAUGACGGAGGAACAUUUGUUGAGACACAAUUAUUAGGACAUACUGAUUCUAUCACCUCUCUUGAGUUCGAUGGCUUCUUCUUGUUCUCAGGAAGUGAAGAUUUUUCUGUCAGAAUCUGGGAUAUCGAAAAUAACGUUCAAUUAUUUGUUUUGAACAACUUGCAUACUCAUGCCAUUCGCCAGGUAUUCCCAGUUUAUGAUGAAAACAAAUUUGCUUCAUGUGAUGCAGGCGGAUCGAUUUAUAUCUACGAUUACGUGAAGAAACAAGUUGUUUGGGAGAUGCACCAUACAACAGACUGCACGGCAAUCUACAUUGAUAAAGGAAUGGAAACAUUAUUCGCAUGCGUAAGGAAAGAACUCAUUCCUCAUAAGAUGCCACCAGGAAAAGUAUUCAGACAAGGAUUGCCUUCAAUCAUGCCUCUCAAAUCACAACUUUCUAUCAUUAUGAAAUAA